AUGGGCCCUCGGCCCUCUUUAUCUUACGUUCCGCCACCCCAAGCACAAAAGGGACCACUUGCAUUGAACAAAUUCAUCCUGUAUGAAAAUCGGACUCGGUUCUUCCUCGUUGCGUCCAAUACGUCCGACUCACGCCACCGGAUUAUGAAGAUCGAUCGAACAUCACAAGAUCAACUGAUCGUUCAGGAGGAUGAUACGAUUUAUACCGGCAGGCAGAUGAGCAAUGUGUUGAAGAUGCUAGAAGACGGGAAUAAGACGAGUGGUGGUUUAGGAAAAGCGAGAGUUAUAUUUGGUGUUGCGGGCUUUAUCAAGUUCACAGCUGGCUGGUACAUGAUUGUCAUUUCUAAGCGUUCAGUUGUGGCAUUGCUGGGAGGACACUAUUUAUACCACUGCGAGAACACCGACAUGAUACCCAUCUGCUUUAACCAAAAGGUCGAUAAGCCUGCGGAAGAGCAGCGCUUCAUAAACACAUUCAAGCAAGUUGAUAUGUCCAAGAACUUCUACUUCAGUUAUACUUACGACUUGACGUCCACUCUUCAACGAAAUUUGACGAUGCCCGUUUCAGCUGAAGAUUCUGAUAAAUGGACGUUCAACGACCGCUUUGCCUGGAACUACCAUAUGAUUACAGCACCGUUCGCAAAGCGCGAAGAAGGACCUAUAAAACCUCACUGGAUCCUCCCUUUGGUACACGGUCAUGUUGACCAAGCCAAGCUCACCGUCAUGGGACGAGUGGUCUUCAUCACGCUCAUAGCCCGUCGAUCUCGCCAUUUCGCUGGUGCCCGAUACUUGAAGCGCGGCGUUAAUGACGAAGGCAAUGUUGCAAAUGAAGUGGAGACGGAGCAGAUUGUCUCCGAGGCUCUGACUACGCCUUUUUAUUUCCCCGCCCCGCGGGACCUCAACCCUGACCAGCCAAGGUCAAGCCGUCGAGCCCCGAGCCCGAAAUACACUAGCUAUGUGCAGUAUCGUGGGAGUAUUCCAGUGUAUUGGACACAGGAAACGAACGCAAUGACACCGAGGCCUCCGAUUGAUAUCAGCGUCGUAGACCCUUUCUUCACGCCUGCAGCUUUACAUUUCGACAACCUUUUUUAUAGAUAUGGCACUCCAAUCAUGAUCCUUAAUCUCAUCAAAAGGCGCGAACCAGUACCACGGGAGAGCAAACUGCUUGACGAGUACACUCAGUGUGUCCAGUAUCUUAAUCAUUUUCUGCCAGAGGGCAAGAAGAUGAUUUACCGCGCUUGGGAUAUGUCGCGGGCAUACAAGGAGAAAACGCAAGACGUUAUUAGCUAUCUAGAGGAUAUAGCAGAGGAGGCGAUCCAUUUGACAGGCUUCUUUCAUUCUGGACCAGAGCCUGCGGCACAUCAAAUGCGAAACGACUUCAUUCCGUAUCGUUCAACGAUUUCCUUGCAGAAUGGUAUUUGCCGCACAAAUUGCGUUGACUGCCUUGAUCGCACGAACGCCGCGCAGUUUGUAUUCGGUAAACGCGUCCUCGGUCAUCAACUAUAUGCGCUUGGGAUAGUGGAUAGCCCCAACCUUUCUUUUGAUUCCGACGCUGUGAAUAUGUUGACUGAAAUGUACCACGACCACGGAGAUACACUCGCGCUACAGUAUACGGGGAGCGCAUUGGUGAACCGGGUGGAGACGUACCGAAGGAUGCCGCACUGGAACAGCCACUCUCGAGAUAUCAUCGAGAACAUUCGUCGAUUCUACACGAACGCGGUGUUAGACCCGGAAAAGCAAGCUGCUAUCGAUCUUUUCUUGGGUGUACAGAGCGAAAGGACGAUAACGCAUCCGCCAAAAAGGGGUGGGUAUCGUGCGUGGUUUAAUCCACUGCACCUAGAGCCUGCAUACCGUUUAGAGGAGUGCGAAAAGGGAUUGAAAGAGUUUGCGGAACAUCGGGCGGAUUUCUGGAUCGAGUAUUACCGACCGUUGUUAUUCACUAGCUUAGGGAAGCACUUUGCGUAUUCGAUGAAUAGUACCUUGAAGCUUCCAGGGUAG